AUGUCAUUAGCAGAACAGGUGGAGACCAACUUGGUCCAUCAUAAUCUUUGGAGCAAUGUGGAAAGUCACGAAAUAUUGAACUACAAUGAUAAUAAGAUGACCAUACUAAGAGGAAACCCACCUGCUAAACUAGAGGCAUGUGAUGCAGAUAACAGCACAGAAUGGGUGGUACCAAAGCUGAUGGGCUUGAAAAAUGAUAUGAAAAUUACGGAAAUAGACAAUUGGUUUGUUCAGAUAUCUCAACUUUCGGUUCCAAGAAUACGACCUCAGAGAAUUACAAUUGGCUUAGUGAAUGAUGAUGCUACAGUAGUGUAUUAUUUUAUACAUGAUGGCAUUGUGAAGCCUCGUCAAAAUUAA